UCCAAAAUAACCUAAGUAAAGAGUUCGGAAAGAUUUAGAAAAAUCUACUAUUCAAACUCUAGCAGGCUAGGACCACACCAAUAAUUCAAAUAUAGAUACCUUUUCUAUGAAAUGUUUUACACGCCAUCAAAACAAGUAAAACAUGCACUAUAGAAAAGAAUUGAUUGGUAGGCGUUACCUUUUAAUAAAACCAAUUGGAAAGUACAUAAUUUUUGUGGUAGAAAAAUUCUUAUAUGCAAGAUAAGGCAAAUACAAAAUGUACUUUCUACACUGGAAAGUGCUCAUCAUUAUUUCUUCUUUCUACAUAAUAUUUACUCUCAAGUCUCACCAUAGCCAUUAACAUAUAUAUAGAAACAUAGAGGAAGAAAAUUAUAGAAGUAGCAAUGGAAGAGGCCAUUGUGUUGUACCCAACACCAGCCAUAGGUCACUUGAUAUCAAUGGUAGAGCUAGGCAAGCUCAUAGUUUCUUACAAUUCUUCAAUCUCCAUUCACAUUCUCAUUCUUGAAGCUCCUUAUAAUGCUGGAUCUACUUCUUCUUACAUUGCUACCGUCUCUGCAACUUUUCCUUCAAUCAAAUUCCAUCAUCUGCCCACUCUCACUCUCCCUUCCACCGAUACCAAACACCACGAAACUCUCACUUUUGAGCUCAUCCGACUCAGUAACCAUAACGUCCAUACUACCCUUCUUUCCAUCUUGGAAACAUACGCCAUUAACGCCUUUAUUAUCGACUUCUUUUGUGCUUAUUCUUUAUCUGUCGCUACGAAACUGAAUAUCCCAGGCUAUUUCUUCUUUACUUCUGGUGUAAGUUUUCUUGCUACUUUCUUGAAUUUACCCACCAUUCAUCAAAACACCACCAAAAGUUUUAAAGAUCUAAACACUAAUCUCGAUGUUCCGGGUGUGCCUUUGUUUCCGGCUUCUUAUAUGCCACUACCUAUGCUCGAUCGCAGCGAUAAGGUGUAUGAUUCCUUUCUAGACUCCUCCAAAUGCUUUCCAAAAUCAGCCGGAAUUAUAGUGAACAGCUUUGAAUUACUUGAGCCUCAAGCUGUCAAAGCAAUAUCAGAUGGAUCAUGCAUAUCAGAUGCUACAACACCACCUCUCUACUGUAUUGGGCCAUUAAUAGCAGUCGGUAAUGCUACCAGUGAGAUUGUGCCAGAUUGCUUAACUUGGCUCGACUCACAACCUAGUAAGAGUGUUGUUUUUUUAUGUUUUGGUAGCUUGGGUUUAUUCUCAAAAGAACAGCUAUCAGAAAUAGCAAUUGGGUUAGAGAAAAGUGGACAAAGGUUCUUAUGGGUGGUUCGAAAUCCACCUUCCAACCACCAAAAGUUAGCCACUUCAGCCCAAUCAGACCCAGAUUUGGAGUCACUGCUCCCUGAUGGGUUUUUGGCUCGUACUAAACAAAGGGGACUCGUGGUUAAGUCAUGGGCUCCACAAGUUGCUGUGUUGAAUCACGACUCAGUGGGUGGGUUUGUGACUCACUGUGGUUGGAAUUCUGUUCUUGAAGCUGUUUGUGCUGGUGUGCCAUUAAUUGCAUGGCCAUUGUAUGCUGAGCAAAAGUUUAAUAAGGUCUUGCUUGUGGAAGAAAUUAAAAUUGCUUUGCCAAUGAACGAGUUGGAAAACCAGUUUGUAACUGCGGUAGAGGUGGAGAAGCGAGUUAGUGAGUUAAUGGAUUCAGAGUCAGGUAACUCGGUUAGAGAACGAGUCAUUGCGAUGAAAAAGGCUGCGGCUGAGGCAUUAAGCGAGGGUUGUUCUUCUCGUAUUGCAUUGUCCAAACUCACCGAGUCAUGGAGGCGGGAGUGAGUGAGUGGAGUCUCGGUAUUGUUUGUUUAGUUGAUAAGUUAUUAUGUUCUUCUGCACAAUAGAAGAAAUCAACAACCAUUGAUGAAAUUGAAAUGACUAUGGCUUAUUAGCUUGCUUCAUUGUUUGCUGUGAAAUAUUCAAAAUUUAAAAAUAAUUAAUGAAAUUUAUAAACUAUUAAUGAAA